AUGGUAUUGUUGAAAUCAGUUCUGGCAGCCAUGCCAACAUACUCGAUGUCGUGUUUUAAGCUGCCUCAAUCUUUAGUCAAGCAACUCCAGUCGGUACUUACUAGAUUCUGGUGGGAUCUAUCCCCUGAGAUCCGAAAGAUGUGUUGGGUCUUAUGGGAAAAACUGUCGAUGCCAAAAAACGCUGGUGGACUUGGUUUUCGAGAGAUUGCCCAAUUCAACGGUGCGCUCUUGGCCAAACUCUCGUGGAGGAUACUGAAAAAUCCCAACAGUCUACUAGCGUUGACCCUACUAGGGAAAUAUUGCCAUUCGACCUCCUUCUUGGAAGCCAACACACCAAACGGAGCUUCACAUGGCUGGCGACGCAUUUUGAUAGGUCGCGAUUUGCUGCUGCAGGGAGUAGGCUGGGCACUGGGUUCAGGUAACUCGGUUAACGUGUGGUGUGAACCAUGGUUAUCGACAGACACGCCCACAGCUAUUAUAGGUCCUCCGACACAGGUAUCCCAAAAUUGGAAGGUCAGUGAGCUGAUUGAUCCAGUAUCUGCAGAUUGGGACCUGAACAAAAUAAGAGGGUUAGUACCUCAAUAUGAGGAGGAGAUAUGUUAG